AGCGGGCGUGCAGAGCGGUUUAACAAACGUGUUGUAGGAAAAAACGCGCGAGUUUUGUGAAAUUUACCGUUGCGAAUUGUGUGCGAGAAUUAAAUUGCGAAGAAAACGUGCAGAAAAAGCGUAAAUUGUUGAAACAGCAGCAACAAUAACAACAAAUCAGUGUAAAGUGUAAAGAAUAAUAACGGUUAAUAAAGCAAAAGUUAAUUUUAUUUGGCAAAAUGAGUGAACAACAAUUAAAUUUAUAAACGAAUCGCAUCAAACAGCAGUUAACCGUUAGCCUAGGCCAAUUCCAAUCGGAGUCAACGCCAAGAGCAAAAAACACACAAAAACCCACAGAAAACAAAAAAUAAAUAAACACAGCACCAUGGAGGACGAACUGCGUUGUCCCACCUGCAAGCAGCUGUAUGCGAAUCCCGUGCUGCUGCCCUGUUUCCACGCCCUGUGCCUGGGCUGCGCCCUGGACAUACAGACGCCCUACACGCCGGGCGCGCCGCUCACUGCCGCUGCGGCGGCCAAUGGAGCAGGCGUUGCCAAUGGGUCUGGCGUUGCCACAGCUGGACUACAUGCGCCGGGCAAUGGGCAAGCGGUUGGAUCGGUUGGCGGCAACGGAGCAGCCGGGCCGGGGCCGGGCACACGGCACAGCUCGCACAGCUCGGCGGCAAGCACCGCCAGCUCGGCGACGGGCAGCGAGAGUGUCACCUCGGACCAGGACCAGUCCGACAAGGUGAGCAUCUUCAGUGAGGCCGACUCGGGCGUCGUCUGCUGCUCGAACACAUCUCGGCCGGUUUCGUAUGCCGGCACCGGGCAGCUGCAGGGCCUGCUGCAGGGCAGCGUUGUGGCGCCACCCGGCGCUGCCUACUGCCUCACCUGUCCGCUGUGCAGGAAGCUGGUGUUCUUCGACGACGGCGGCGUGCGCAAUUUGCCCACCUAUCGCGCCAUGGAGGCCAUUGUCGAUCGCUUCUGCGCCCGCGAGGCGCUGCGCUGCCAAAUGUGCGAAACCGACCCGAAGGUCGCCUCGCUGAUCUGCGAGCAGUGCGAGAUACGCUAUUGCGAUCAGUGCCGGGAGCUGUGCCACCCGGCACGCGGCCCCCUCGCCAAGCACACGCUGGUGAAGCCACGCGGCGCCGCCCAGCAGCGCGAAUCCGUGUGCGGCGAACACGAGGAGACCCUCUCCCAGUACUGUCUCAACUGCAAGAUGCCCGCCUGCGGCCAGUGCAUCGGGGAGCAGCGACAUCAGGCGCACGAGGUCCAGUCCAUCAAUGUCACAUGCAAGGCACAAAAGACCGAACUCUCGCACAAUCUGCAACAAUUGUCGGAGAAGGCACGUUCCACAACCGAAUUCAUACAGCGGCUCAAAGGCAUGAGCGACAAAGUAACGGAAUCCUGCAUUGAGUUCGAGCGUCUGGUGCACGCCCAGUGCGAGGCGCUCAUCCAGGCCAUACACGACCGACGCGAAUAUCUGCUGGAGGCCAUACGCAUGGACAAGGAUACCAAAAUCAGAAUACUUAAGGAUCAGCAAUCGAAUUGCACGGGCAAAUUACAACAGACCACGGGACUCAUUCAGUUUUGCAUUGAGGCAUUGAAAGAGACUGACAGCGCAGCCUUUCUCCAGGUUGGCUCCAUGCUAAUCAAUCGCGUGGCCAACACGGAUAUGACCUGGCACCAGGAGGUCACCAAUGCCGCGCCCCGUGUCUCGCCCAUUGUCGACUUGACCCUGGACGAUGCUGCCCUCACUCGGGCCAUAGACAAUUUGAAUUUCAUACAAAUGAAAGCAGUCAAAGAUGAGGAUGAAAGAUGUCCGGCAGCACCCUCGACACCCACCAUAUUACCAACGGAUUGUUCGGCGGAGAACAAUUCAGUUACCGUUGCGUGGCAGCCACCGAAUCAUUGCUUUGUCGAGGGCUAUGUCCUGGAGCUGGACGAUGGCAGCGGCGGCGAGUUUCGGGAAGUUUACUGCGGCAAGGAAACAAUUUGCACCGUUGACGGUCUCCACUUCAAUUCCAUGUACAAUGCCCGCGUGAAGGCCUUCAACAGUGCCGGCGAGGGUGAAUACUCCGAGCUGAUUGGACUUCAAACAGCGGAAGUGGCCUGGUUCACGUUUGAUCCCGUGCUGAGCGGCGGCGCCGGCUCUGGACUAAUCUUUAGCAAAAAUAAUGCCACUGUCUCUGUGGAGGGCUGGGAGCAUCGUGUGGCCCUCGGAUCUGUGGGCUUCUCGCGCGGCGUUCACUACUGGGAAUUCACCAUUGACAACUAUACGGCGGACACGGAUCCGGCUUUCGGUGUGGCCCGCAUCGAUGUGGCCAGGAACAAAAUGUUGGGCAAAGAUGAGAAAUCCUUUGCCAUGUACAUCGAUCGGCAGCGCUCCUGGUUCCAGCACAAUUCCAUACACGAGCGCCGCGUCGAGGGCGGCAUCACCACGGGCAGCACAAUUGGCGUGCUUCUGGAUCUAGAGCGGCACACGCUCAGUUUUCUGGUGAACGAGAUGCCACAGGGCUCAGUGGCCUUCCGGGAUCUAUAUGGUGUUUUCUAUCCGGCGGUGAGCAUCAAUCGUGGCGUCACCUUAACCAUGCACACGGCAUUGGAUGCGCCAAAAAUGGAUUAUUUUUAAAGUGUUUGUUGGGUGGGGGAGUAGUGAAUUGUGUAAAUAUUGCUUGGCAUUUAGCAGUUAUCGGUGUCUAUAUACAUACAUAUAUACUUAUAUAUACUACCCAUAGCCAAUAGCAUAAUCUAUUAAAACAUAAAACACUUACUUACAUACUUAUGCUUAUAUCUGUAGUCUCGGGCAAAGUUUAGCGACAUAUCUACAAACUAUUCGUAUCUAUUCAAAACUCUAGGCAAUGUUUCUAAAACGCUGCAAAAAACCAAAAAAAAAAAAAAAAAAACGAAAAUUUACUAAUUAAACUGCGUUGCUUAAAUCAAAUAAUUAUUAAAAAUAAUUGAAAAUGAAAUUACAUGUAAAAUAAGAUAAAAAUAACAAAAAUACAAGUUAUAAAUGUUUUUUUGCAACACACGAAGCCAAAAAUUAAGCACCGUGCAAAAAAAAAAACCAAAACAACCAAAACGAACAUGAGAGAAAAAAUAAAUUAAA